AUGAAUCAGGGCGGUAGAGGGCAGCGGGCUGGCCCUCUUCGGAGCCAUCCGGAGGUAGAGCCCGAUGGGGAUAGCUGCGGGGCGAGCGGCGCAGCCCCCCAAGAUGGCACCGUAAGCCCAGAUUCGAAUCGAAUGAGAAGACCAAGAAGAAGUACCAGCUUGGACGGGAUAAGAAACCGUUCCGCUGAACUUACAAGAAGAGACGGGAGAACUCGCUGGACAGAGGAAGAAAAUAUUCUCCUAAUGAGAGUUCAUUAUAUAGCAGAGGAUCUUCAACAAACUUCCAACAGAACAUACCGAGAGAUACUCACUACAACGUGGAAUGAUAUCAACCCGAACAAGAUAUCAUACCCAAAUCUCCUCUCAAACAGAGUCCGAUGGAUCCUUCAAAAUGCAAAGUUCUCAAGUGUUGAGCUGGCAAACAUCAAAAGAAGCUACAGACCCCACACACCAACACCAACCCAAGAUCUCACAGAAACUGAGGAAGUCAAUCGAGAAAACCAACAUGAACAAAACCAUCAGAUAAAAAACACCAGCAAAGUCUUCAACAGAUAUUUGCAAUUGUAUAGCAAAAUCUCCCCCCAAGAUAGACCUGGAAUCCCGAGACUAAGAGGAUCUCGAAAAAUCUUUGAAAGCGUGGAAAGAACAAACGAAGUCAUAAGAAUGCAUAUAAACAACAACUCAACUCUUGAAGAUAUUGUGGAUUUUGUCUAUGCCGGAGCCAUCACAGUGUGUGAAGAGAACAACAUAGGACGAAAAACAAAGAAACGAGAGACGGAAACACAAAAAGACCCUCCAUGGAAAGCUCGUCUGGAAAAGAAAAUAAAUGGUAUUAGAAAAAGAAUUGGCACACUUCAUACUUACCUAAACACCACUUCACCAUCUAGAAAGGUAAUUAAAAGAGCACUCCACAUUGCAUCGGUAUCAAACAUCAGCAGAGAACAACUUAAGGAUCGCCUCACAGUAGAAUGCGACAUUCUGAAACAAAAAGCGAAAGCAUUAGGAAACCGAUUGAGGAGAUACAAUGAGAGGGUCAAACGAUACAGAAACAAUAAUCUUUUCUAUAAAAACCCGAAACAAUUUUACCGCACACUUGAAACAACAACAACAACAACAACAACAACAUCUGAGCAAAAACACCCAACAAAGGAAAGCAUACAGUCAACAUGGGAAGAAAUAUGGAGCAGGAAUGAGGAGCAUGAUGAUGACGCGUUUUGGAUAAGGGAAGCAGAGGAGGAAUCAAGUGGAUACAUUAUGGAAGAGGAAAACAUCACUGAACAAGACAUAAAAACGGUUUUAAAGAAAACAAAUAACUGGUCUGCACCGGGCCCGGAUGGUCUACACAACUAUUGGUGGAAAUACUUCACCUCAACACAUACAUGUCUAGCAACAGUAUUCCAAAAAGCCCUAAGUAAGCCUUCACUCAUACCUGACUUCUGUACACUUGGUGUAACGCACAUGAUACCCAAGGGAACGAACAGCGAAGACCCCAAAGACUAUCGACCUAUCACAUGUCUACCCACGAUAUCAAAUGGAUUGAUAACUGUUAGAAUAUUAAGCUAG